CAUAAAUACAAACCCCAGUUUGUCCUAGACCAUCGUCCGAUCAUGACCGACAAAGUCGCUGUGGUUACUGGUUCAAAUAAGGGCAUAGGUUACGGUAUAGUGACGGAAUUGUGUAGACGCGGAGUUGGCACCGUUUAUCUAACAGCAAGGGACAUUCAUAGAGGUCAUUCAGCGGUCGAGAAAUUGAAGAGAGAUGGACUCAACCCCAAGUUUCACCAACUAGACAUCACAGAUACAAGGAGUGUAGAAAAGUUCGCCAAUCACCUAAAAGAAAAGCACGGAGGAUUAGAUAUCUUAAUUAACAACGCUGCAACAAUACAACAAAACAUUACCAAAACAACUUACGAAGAGGCUAAACACGUUAUAGAUGUAAACUAUAAGAGUUUAUUCAUCAUAGAAAAGUACUUAUUCCCGAUACUCAAAGAAAACGCAAGAGUUAUAAACAUUUCAAGUGAUUUAGGUCAUAUUUCUAACCUCAAAAACAAUUACUGGCUAAACAGAUUAUCGAAAGAUGAUAUAGAAGUUCAAGAUAUAGAUGAUUUCAUUGAUUGGUUUUUGAGUUCGGUUAAAAAUGGGACGUUAAAAGAAGAGGAUUUUGCGGUCACACCUUACCUUGCUUACAGGGUUUCAAAGAUUGCUGUAUGUGCGUUAACCAGGGUUCAAUAUAGAAAGGUGGAUAGGAAUAUAGCAAUCAAUACGUUGCAUCCAGGAUUUGUGAAGACGGAUAUGACUCAAAAUAAUGGAUUUAUGACGGUGGAGCAGUCUUGCAAGGCGCCUGUUUAUUUAGCGUUGGAUUGCGACCAGUCGGUAAAAGGGAAGUUCAUUUGGUUUGAUAAAUCCGAAAGGGAUUGGACUGAUCGGAAUAUGGAUCUGCUGUGUACUGAUAAAGAGACAGUGGAAAAGUACGUUGCACAAUUGAUAUCGAAGUCUUAAUGUAACUAGUGUUGUUAUUUAUUUGUUAAUAAAUAGUUAUUUAUACUUUAGGAA